AUGGCAAUAUGGAAUAGAGCAGCAAUAGCUAAACUCUGUUGGGAUUUGACACAAAAGGAAGACAAGCUAUGGAUUAAAUGGAUUCAUGCUUACUACCUAAAAGACCAGAAUGAAUGGCAAAAGAGAGAUCAACCCAGCUGGAUGAUCAGGAGAAUUAUGAAUGCCAAGCUCAUAGUUGAUCAAUGUCAACCAAGACAAGGAAAAGGGGUGAUCAAACACAUUUAUGACUAUCUUAGAGGGGAGAAGAUCAAACCUGAAUGGAGAUGCUUAGUGUUUAAGAAUCCAGCUAGACCAAAAGCUUGCUUUACAUUAUGGAUAUUGAUGAACAGGAAACUAGCAACAGUGGAUAGACUAACUAAAUGGGGAAUGACACUUGAUAGAGGCUGUGUGAUGUGCAAAAGGGCAGAAGAGAGUAUGGAGCACCUAUUCAUCCAAUGUCACUAUGCUGAAGCAAUAUGGGAGAGGCUGCUAAGGUGGAUUAAUGUACAUAAUAACAUGCCUAAGUCCUGGACAGAAUUUAUCCAAUGGUGUGUUAAAAAUGGUAAGGGGAAGACUGCUAGAGCUCAAAUGUUCAAAGGGAUACUUGCAGAAGGAGUCUAUGGCUUAUGGAGUGAAAGAAACAAGAGAAUUUUUGAAGAGAAGAGUAGCUUGAUUGAUGAAGUAGUUAAGAGGAUAGCUUAUAUAACUAUAGCUAGAUUUCCUAAUAGUAUUACCAAUGUAAUUAAGCAUAGACAUAUUUGA